GGAAACUCUCACUGAUUUUCUUGGCUUUUCAGUUUUAGUUCCCUGCUGACGGACAGUACGUAGAUAGCGCUACUACGACGACAAUCAGCGCCGCCUACAUUGGCGUCGUUUGGCGUUGUUUGGCGUCGUAGCGUCAUAGCAUCAUAGCGUCCAUUUUGGUGGAGUCCAGUGGUGUUGUUAAACGUGUUUCCUAUUAGUAACUGAGCAUAACUGAGGUGAUUCAUAAAAUGGUUCAAGCGUGCUGCGUUUUAGGUUGCCCAUCACGGCACGAUGUGCCAAGCCAUUGCUUUCCAUCUAAUUCGGAGCAGCUCGAAAAAUGGAAAAACAUUAUUCCAUUUAGAAUGGAUGUGUCGAGUCUGAAAGAUUUUAAGAAACUCAGGAUUUGCUAUUUGCAUUUUGCUGAGGAUGAUUAUAAAUUGGGAUAUGCACAGCGAAAAUUAAAAGAUAACGUUGUUCCAUCGUUGAAUUUAAGUGGAUAUUCUGAAGAAAAUCCAAGUAUAAAUGCAUCAGUGCAUGAUGUGGCAUUAAAUAUACAUACACAACACAAUAUUAUGGAAGAUGUACAUGAGGAAAGGAAUGAUGAUGUCCUUACAGAAAAUAAGAAUAUCUCUUAUGAAGCUAGAAGGCGAAGCAUGAAUACAAAUACCCAUAUAAUUUAUACAGAAGCGAUUAAAAAAGGCGAGAAAAAUGUAUUGCGUAGCAACAGGACAGUUUAAUUUCAUUUUAAAUAUAUUAUAAUUUUCAUACCA